AUGAAGGAGGAUUUUCAAUGUAACAUUUUAUCCGAUAACAGUUAAGAUGAUAUUAUAUUGAAAAAUAAAUAAACUAAUUAAUUGACAAUAGAAAUUGAAAAAAAAAUAUAAUUAGCAUAAUAAGACUCAAUAACUAAAAACAGCAAAAUUUUGGAUGAUGAAAUUGGAGUAGAUAUCAUUUCAUAAGACAGUUGCAAAAGUAUUCCCAUUAUUGAUCCAAAACUGAGUCGUAUGAAUAACUAAUCAGAAUUAAAAAAUUUAAAUUAAACCUGUAAUUUUAGAUAAAAAAUUCAAUAGGAAUAGAAACAACCAGAUAUAGCAAAUCAUUAACUAGAAUAAUUAGAUGAAUUUUCCAAUUUUAAUAUUAUACCCUCAAUAGAAUCUAAAAAGUUUUCACAUAAAAAAAUAAAAUAAAAUAUUUAAUAAAAAUCAAAGCGCAAUAAUAAUUUGAUUACUCAAUAAUUAGAAUAUAUUGAUAGUGAUAACACAGAUGAACUGGAUGGCGAGGAUGAUUAAAAAAACAAACCUAGAAGCAAUGAUAAUUAAUUAAAGGUUGAAAUUUAAGAUAACCAAUAGGAAGAUAAAAUUAUAAGCAAGGAAUAAAAAAAGGCAUGGUUAUUAAAAAAUAAAAUAAAAAGACAUGAAAAUUAGGUUGAUAAGAAAGAUAAUGGAGAUUGGGAUUUUUUAGAGAUUGUAAAUGAUGACAAAAAUGAGCCGAACUUCUUUUAAUAAGGUUAAUUUAAAAGGAAAGAUUAUGAUAUUUAAUCUAACUUAGAAUAACCUAAAUAAAAAAAAUUUCAAAAGGGAUUACACAAAUCUGAUUUAAAAAGACUAUAACUUUCAUCAACAUUAAUUAAUCAGGAUUAAAGCAAAAAUGAAAUCCUAGACUCUACUCUUAUGGAGUAAUUAGUUCAAAAUAGUAACCCAAUUGAAGAUUAUCUUGACCCAAAAUAAUAAUAAUAAAAUUUUGAAGUUAGCAAAGUCUUCAAUAAAAGAGUUGAAUCAUAAAAGGUAAAUCUUGGUGGUUAGAGGCAUAUUAUCAAAAAUACAGAAAAAAUUCAUAUAGAUUCUGUGAAAAUUCCCUAAUAAUUGAAGUCAUCAGAUUAAUUUUAGUAAAUUACCAAUGUUUCAAAUGCGAGAAAACUAAAUGACCAUCAAUCACAAAAGAAUCUUUAAAAUUAACCUCAAUAAGUGUUAAAAAGAGCUAAAGUAAAUGAAAUUAAUUAAUUUUAAUAAUAAAAUCAAAGUUUUAAACAAGAGAAACGAGACUUUAUAUAAAAAUGUGAUGAUCCUUCUAUUAGGUGUGAUAACGAUUUUGAUAAAUCUCUUAAAUUAUCUGGAAGGGAUUAAUCAAUCAAUCAUAAAUAAAAAAAGUAACAGAAAAUUAAAUCAUCAAAUUAUGAAUUAUAAUAUUAAAAAUAAUAAAGCUUUUAGGAAAGAUUUCAAAAUAAUCUCCAAAAUUUAGAUAUAUAAUAGCACUGUUAAAAUUUAACAUAGAGAGAAUAGGGAAGAAUGAAAAAUGAAAUAUAAUCACAUAUCUUAGAUAAUCCUUUAGGUCAAAGGGAAAAUAAAGAAUUGUUAAAUUAGGAAAAGAAUGAGUUAAUAUCAAUGAAAAUAGAAAAGAAGAUGAUGAGUGAAUCCAAAAGAUUAUCUAAAUUUAAAAUGCUGUUAGAAAGCAAUACAGGACAAUCGUUUUAGACUGGAAAACCUAUUUUUGAAUUUAAUAGAUUGUUGAAGUAUUUAUUUCUGAAAAAUUAUGAAAUUCCAGAUAUAGCAGAUUAAGAAUAAAAGAUAAUUCCGAAUAGAUUUGAAAGUGCAUUAGAGUAUUGUAAAAUUUUUGAAUACUUAUUUUUAAAUGAGGCUUGUGCUUAAAUAAAAUAAGAGUUAAUAGAAUUUUUGAAAAAAAUAGAAAAGACAACCAAAUAUCGCAAAGCACAAAUAAAAAUAGAUGAAAAUGAUCAUGAUUCAGAAGGAUCUAUCUUUGUAAUGAGAGGACCUUAAACGAUUUAAUAAAAGGUACCUUAGGCAAAAAAUAAAUAGUAAAAGGAAUAUGAGGAGAAUGAUUAAGGCUAUUAGGAAGAUUAGCAAUUUUGUUAUGAUAAUAUUAAAGAUGGAGUUUGUGAUUUAACUACUCACAAAAAUUUUGUCGUCUUGAUAACAAACAAAAUAAAAUUAAAGUUAAGAUAGAUUAAUUAAUUUCAAGGGGACAAUAUGUGUUUUUUUGGUAUUCUGAUUGACCCAUAAAAAGCCUAAUAUUUGCAAUAAAUAAGAAUUCAAACCUUUGUAAACAAAUAAAAUUUCGAUGUAAAUUAAUGGCAUAAUGUUUUUUUAUUUCCAUUUUCUAAACUCACUACUUUAAUUCGUGAAUAUUAGAUAAUAACAAAAUUAAACUAAAAAACUCCUUUAGCAGGAUUAAUUUAUAAUCCCAUUACAUAAUAAUAACAGAUAGUUUCAGAUAUAGGAGGAAGUUGGACAGCUUAAUUUAAAAAUCAAAUCUAAAAUAAAGAAUUGUUAGACUCCUUUUUAUCAUUAGUUGAUUAAAAAUACAAUAAGAGCUAAGCUAACUCCAUAAGAGAAAUUAUAUUAAAAGAUAAAGGAAUUUGCCUAUUAUAAGGCCCGGUAUUUGUAUAUUACUUAAUUUUUAGCCAGGUACAGGGAAAACGCAUACAUUGAUUGGAUUAUUGUCAGGUGUAUACGAACAUAUGAAAUUGACAAAUAAAUUUCCAAAAAAGAAGAUAUUAGUAAGUAUCUUAAUGAAUUUUAGAUUUGUACACCUUCUAAUGCAGCUAUAGAUGAGAUUAUAUUAAGAAUAAUUUAAAAAGGAGGGUUAUUUGAUUCAAAAGGCAACUCUCGAUAGGUGAAUCUUAUUCGAAUUGGUUUACUUGAUGAAGAAAACAUUCAUUCUGAAAUAAUAAAGAAGGUUUCUUUGGAAGACUUGGCAUAACACAAAUUAUUUUCAUCUAAAAAAUUUAAUGCAGAACAGGAUUAAAAAACAACUGCAGAAUUAAGAAUUGAAUUAUGCUAGAUUUAGACUCAUGUGAAGAAGUUAGAGAAGAAAUUGAAUUAGCAUGGUUUACCUAGUGAUGAGAGAAAAAUAAUAAAAGAUCAAAUUAUGUAAUUUAAUGAUUUGAGAAAAACUAAAUAGGAGUACUUAGAUAAAACAAAGGAUAGUAAAAGAUUUUACAAAGAAUUCUAUAAUUAAUUUUGUGAAAAACUGUUGAAUGAUGCUGAAAUCAUAUGUAGUACUUUAAGUUCUAGUGGAUCUGAUAAAUUAUCAAAAUAUCUUGAUUAAAUAGAGCUGUUAAUAGUAGAUGAAGCAGCCUAAUGUACUGAGCCUUCUAAUAUUAUUCCUUUAAGAUUAGGAAUUAAGAAGAUGAUUUUGAUUGGAGAUCCUAAGCAGCUACCUGCUACAACAUUUUCCCCUAUUUCUCAUUAAACUUUAUAUAAUAGGAGUUUAUUUGAAAGAAUUCUUGAUAAUGAUGUUCAACCUUAUUUCUUAGAUAUAUAAUAUAGAAUGCAUUCUGAGAUCAGAAUGUUUCCCUCAGAGUAUUUCUAUUAGAACAAAUUAAAAGAUCACGAAUCAACAAAUUCUAGAAAUUUACCAACAAAUUUCUUUAAAAAUAGAGUUUUAUUCUUAGAUAUACUUGAUGGAUAGGAAUAAAAAGAUGGAACGUCAAAUAUUAAUGAACAAGAAGCUUUAGUUAUAGUUUACUUAAUAAAAUCGAUAAAGGAAGAAUUUCCUACUUAAACGAUUGGUGUAAUAUGUGCCUAUAAAUCAUAAGUUAGAUACAUAAAAACGUUGCUUAAAUAGAAAUACUAAGAUGAAAACUUUUUUGAUUCAAAUACAAUAAGUAUCAAUACUGUAGAUUCAUUUUAAGUAUUUCUACUAUUCAAUUAUUAGGGUUAAGAAGAAGACAUUAUACUAUUUAGUUGUGUUCGUUCUUCUCAAACGGGUGGAAUAGGAUUUUUGAAUGAUGGAAGAAGAAUGAAUGUAGCUUUAACAAGAGCUAAAAGUGCUCUUUUUAUACUUGGAAAUGCCAUUACUGUAUAAAUAUUUCACUUAUUUAGUUAUCUAAAAGUAAUUUAUGGAGAUCUAUGUUGAAGAAUAUUUAAUAAAGGAAGCUGUAUAGAAGGAUAGAAUCAUAUAAUUUUUAAUUUGAAUAAAUUUUGAAAGACUAAUGGAAUUAAAAUAAUAAAACACUAUCUCAAAAACUUAUUGGGUAUCUGAAUUAAACUUCUUAAGGAUAUCAUGAAAAAUCAACUUAUACUAUAUCAGAUUUUCAAAUUGAAGUUACUGGAAAUCAAAAAACUAAUUCAAAUUAGAACCGAGAAAAUAUCAAGUAUACUACUCAAGAUGACAAAAAUUAAUAAGAAAGUUCAUUAAGCUAUGAUUAUAACUAUGGAGUAGAUUGUAAAGACAAGGAAAGAAGUGCUUCAGAAUUGUAAAUGUCUAAAUUGGAUAUAAAGAAUCAGGGAAGUCAUAAUAUUUAACAUUAAAUUAAAAAUUCAAAAAAUUAUAAUAAUAAAUUUCAUAAUUCAAAAGAAAAAAAAGUCUUACAAAAAAGAACAGCUUAGGCAGAUGUUUAGUGGUAGAAGAACUAGUAUCCAAAUUAAGAUGACUUUGUAUGA